AUGAAAACACAGAAUGGCCAGUCGGGUGGCAUUUCUCAAAUGUCUCAAUCCAAGUUCGUCUAUUGUGUUGGAAGCCCAACAUUCAAGCCUGAUGAAGCCAUUGAAAAUAUUGAUGGCCAGAAGGAAGCUGUCGAUCACCUGCUGAAGAAUGACCUGUACAACGCCAGUCGAGUACUGUUUCAACUUCCUCACCCGGAUCCCUACAUAUACCAUGCCAUAACAAGUGUAAAACUUGCCCAAGUGCAAUCUGUUGUGAAUCUCGGAGGUGCCAAUGGUUUACAUGCCUGGUAUCGUGACGAGGAUGGCUCUCCAAGAGAACCGGCUCCUCAAACUGACGUCGAAGCAUAUACUUAUAUAUUCCGACCAUCAACAGCAACUGCCGCCGUUCUGAAAAACCUGGGGACCAAUGCUAAAAAGGGCUCGACAAGGAGUGAAGUAGCCACCAAUCUGGAAAGCAAGCGAUAUCUUCAUCCUGGACUCGCCGCGAAACUCACCAUUCCCAAGUGCAAGAAACCACCCAGCACGAACCCCUAUCUCGACUUCUGGAUGUGGUCAUGUCACUCUCUUGAGUGGUGUGGUCCUUGCCCAGCAUCAGAACGUGUUGUGACAAGCCACCACGUACUGCCCAUCUUUAUGCAUCACUUUGGAUGCGCGACACCAACUCAUGAAAGCCUCUCUAUUCUCAAGAUUCUAGCAGAUGGGCGCUCGAUUGCAGACAUAGGGUCGGGCAAUGGAUACUGGACAUUUAUGCUGCGUCGUUACGGCCUAACGGUACACGCUGUGGAUAAUAUGCAGAGCGAAUGGCGUGUCAACUGGGUCAACGAUACAGUCAUUUCCGACGGCGUCAAGUGGUUGCGCAAGAACGCCAGUGCGAAAGACAUGGUUCUCUUGCUCGUGUAUCCCGUCGUUGGUGGUGGCGUGGGUGGUGGCACCGAGGGGGGCUUUACGAGAAACCUCGUAGCUGCCUUCGAGGGCGACACUAUCGCGGUUGUGGGUACGCAGAACAGAAAUGGUUACACAGGAUUCAAGGGAGUGACUAUGGACGAGUUUAUGCAGAAGGAGCACAAGGAUUGGAUCUUGGUUGCCAAGGUUGCGUUACCUUCGUUUCCUGGAAAGGAUGAAGCGCUUUAUGUGUUUCAACGAGGCGAAAGAGUGCCACAGCAAUAG